AUGUGGGCGCGCGCGGCGCGAGUCCUGCGGCGCGUGGCGCUGCUAGUCCCGCUUCUCCUGACCGCGUUAGCGCUACUACUACUGCCGCGCCCACCACCCUUCAGCUCCUCUGCGCGACUACCCUCACCGCCCUCCCCACAACCAUUAGCGAGAGAGGAUACUCAUUUACAAAAUUCUAUGACAGAGAAUGAGGUAAUAUUCGAUGAAGAAGGUGAUGAAAUCACAAAACGAUUAUGGUUCAUGUCUGGUGGUGAGCAACGCCCGAAGCAUCACGACCCGCACGCUAAUUUAUUCCCUGAAGACGCUCAGGCUGAUGACAGAAUUGUCGAGCAGUUAAUGUACACGUUGCCAAAAGAUGAAGAUGUGCCUAUUAAGAAAAUUUUGCUAGCAAACGGGCUUGGGGCCUGGGGGGUAUCGGGUGGGAGAACAGAGUUUAUCAGGAACAAAUGUCCCGUUGACCGAUGUACAUUGACUGCGGACCAGAGAGAGGCAGCCACAGCCGAUGCUAUACUCUUUAAGGAUCACCACACACCCUUCGAUGUUAAGAGACCACCAAACCAGAUUUGGAUCCUGUAUUACUUAGAGUGCCCUUACCACACCGCGUCUCUUCGGCCGUCCUCCCUGGACCUGUUCAACUGGACGGCCACUUACCGUCGGGAUUCAGACAUAGUAGCACCCUACGAACGCUGGGUCUACCACGACACUUUGAAUACAGAAAAGGACAUCGAGAGAAACUACGCAGCUAAUAAAACUAAAAAGGUGGCAUGGUUCGUAUCUAACUGCCACGCCAGGAACCGUCGCCUACAGUACGCGAGGCAGCUGUCGAAAUUCAUCCCGGUAGACAUCUACGGCGCAUGCGGCUCGCACCAUUGCCCGCGCGCUGACCCCAACUGCCUCGAGAUGUUGGACAAGGAGUACAAGUUCUACCUAGCUUUUGAAAACUCGAAUUGUCGUGAUUACAUAACCGAGAAGUUCUUCGUUAAUGGACUGCAGCACGACGUGUUACCGAUAGUGAUGGGGGCACGUCCUCAAGAGUACGCGGCAGUUGCUCCGCACAACUCCUACAUACACGUAGAAGAGUUCGCUGGCCCUGAGGAGCUAGCUGCCUAUCUGAAGCGCUUAGAUGAAGACGACACUCUUUAUAAUUCUUACUUUAGAUGGAAAGGCACGGGCGAGUUCAUCAACACGUACUUUUUCUGCCGCGUGUGUGCGAUGGUGCACGCAGGCGCGCGCCGCCAGCGCAGCGCACACUACGUGGAUGUGCAGGCGUGGUGGCGCGAUGGCGCCUGCACGCGCACUGACUGGCGUACCUCGCCCGACCAGCGUCCACCCCUGCAGUAG